AUGGAGAGACAGGGGGAUAGAGAGGGUCAGAAGAAGGGAGGGCGAGAGAGGAGAAGGAGGGGGAGAGAGAGGGCGGGAGAGGGAGGAGGGAGAGAAAGGGCGAGAGAGAGGAGGAGGGAGAGAGAAGGCGAGAGGGAGGAGGCGAGAGAGAGAGGGCGAGAGAGAGGAGGAGGGAGAGAGAGGAGGAGGGGGAGAGAGAAGGGCGGAGAGAGAGAGGGCGAGAGAGAGGAGAAGGAGGGAGGGAGAAUGAGUGGGAAUGGAGGGAAAGAGAGUCAGAAGAAGGAGGGUGAGAGAGAGGAGGAGGGAGGGAGAAUGAGUGGGAAUAGAGGGAAAGAGAGAGUCAGAAGAAGGAGGGCGAGAGAGAGGAGGAGGAAGGGGGAAUGA